GAGGGGGUACGAUGAAGGCAACAGAAGGGGGCGAACCAGCCUUGGUAGUCAGCAAUGUCUGGUGGCGCGACGCUUGAGGAGACGCCGACAUGGAUCGUGGCGUCGGUGUGCUCCAUCAUCGUCUUCAUCUCCAUCAUCUUCGAGCGCUCUCUACAUUAUCUUGGGAAGGCGCUGGAGCACCGGAGGGAGACGCUGUAUGAGGCGUUGAUCAAGCUCAAAGAAGAGCUGAUGCUGCUGGGGUUCAUCUCGCUGAUGCUCGUCGUGUCCCAAGACCUGAUACAAAAGAUCUGCAUCGAUGAGAGCCUCAUGGGGCAUUGGCUGCCGUGCCUCCCGGCCACCAGCGUGACGACUGCACAUUACGGCGUCUCUGCUUCUUCUUCCUCCUCCUUAGGCAUCGGCGCGAGGAGGCUGCUCAAGGGAGAACCUGCAGCCUUGGGGCACUGCUCGACCCGCCAGGGAAAAGUCCCGUUGCUCUCCCUUCACACCUUGGAGCAGAUACACAUCUUCAUCUUUGUUCUAGCUAUCACGCAUGUCGCUCUCAGCGCCUUUACAGUGCUCCUGGGACUUCUUCAGAUGCGGAAAUGGAAACAGUGGGAGAAGAGCAUCCAGGUAGAUGGAGACAGUGCUGCCGCUCCUAAGAUGAUCCACCGGGUGCAGCAAUACAAGUUCAUCCAGGACCGGUACAAGGGUUACGGCAAAACCACCAUGGUCAUACUUUGGAUUCGUUCUUUCUUCAAGCAGUUCUACGGAUCAGUGACCAAGGACGACUAUGUCGCAAUGAGGCUUGGUUUUCUCAUGGAGCACUUCAGGGGGAACCGAAAAUUUGACUUCUAUGACUACAUGAUAAAGGCUCUCGAGAAGGAUUACAAGAGAGUUGUUGGUAUAAAAUGGUAUUACUGGAUAUUUGUGAUGAUUUUCCUGCUAAUUAACGUCACUGGGUGGCACUCGUACUUCUGGAUCUCACUUGUCCCGUUGGCUAUGCUACUUCUGAUUGGGAUGAAGCUGGAGCACAUCAUAACCCAGAUGGCCUACGAGGUGGCCUCGAAGCACGCCACCGUGGACGACGGGGGCAUUGCCGUCGACCCCUCGGACGACCUCUUCUGGUUCCACAACCCCAGGAUUCUGCUCAUCCUCAUCCACUUCAUCCUGUUCCAGAACGCGUUCGAGUUCGCCUACUUCUUCUGGACGCUAGCGACGUUCGGCUUCAACUCCUGCAUCAUGGACAGGCUCGGGUACAACGUCUCAAGAAUCGCCAUAUGCGUCGUCGUGCAGGUGCUAUGCAGCUACAGCACACUCCCCCUCUACGCCAUCGUCUCUCAUAUGGGGAGCUCGUUCAAGAGCGCCGUGUUCGCGGACGACGUGGUGGGCCAUCUCAGGGACUGGGCCGGUGGUGCCCGGAUGCGAAGGCGAGGAGACGAGCCUGGCUGCCUGGGCGCGGGCGCGGCGGCAACAGCGUCGAGCAGAGAAGAGAUCCGGCCGUCACGGGACUAGGAGUACAUGUGAAAUUCUUUUCGGACUCGACGGAACUCGUGCUGUUGCUUCUGAUGAAUGUAUGUGAUGCGCGCAUGUUUUUUUCCGUCUCUGUUCUGCUGAGUUACAUUGUGUUUCGAUAGUUGCAUGGAAGACGUAGGGGAGAAACAUGUAGUUCAAGUGGUAACUGAUAAUGCAAGUGUGAUUACAUUAUUGAAAGCAAAGCGCUCCAACAUGUUUUGGAAUGGUGGUGCUGCCCACUGUAUUGGUAUGAUGCUGGAGGACAUUGG